CCCAUAUUAUAUGUAUCAACGAGCAUAUAGACGCUACUGGUCUAUGAUCAACAUGUUUGGAUCUCUGGACUGAACAGCAUAUAUCGAGGUAAUCGAGGUACAUCCGUAAAAAGAGUUGACUACCUGUGCUCUCCUUCUUUGACGUCACUGACGUGUCGUCUCGAAAUAACGUCAUCGCUGGAAAUAUCAGCAAGAAAGACGAGCAGAUAAGGUUUUUCACUUCACAAACAAAUCGCACUUUUGCAAACUCGCAUCAAAAUAAUGGCGUACAGAGCACAAGGCAUUCGUAAGUUGGGGAUAUCUCAGAUGGUAAUCGGUGCCUUAAUGGUGGUAUUCGGCAUUGCAUCCGUCGCUGCAGUACACAUGCAUUGGACCUCCAUAGUUGGUUUCGGGAUCUGGAUUGGUGUUUGGGUCAUCGUCACAGGCGUCCUUGGCUUUAUCGGAGCAAGAGAUAACAGCACACCUAACAACUGUUUGAUUGGCACCAUGCUUGGUUUUGCUGUGACCUCAUGUGUGUUAAGCGGCAUAAUGAUCAUCUGUUACUCCAUUGCACUUGCCGAAUGGUCCAAAUAUCUCGAUCAUUAUUAUUAUGGUAGCUAUUACUAUUACCAGAAUUAUUAUAGCCUCCAAAGUGCCCGCGCUGGUCUGGGCAUUGGCGUCAUGUUGCUCCUCUUAGCAUUGGCUGAAUUCUUUGUUGGGCUUGCGUCCUCCAUCUAUGGAUGUAGCAACUGCUGCACAUCGGUUACAAGGACUUCCCAGCAACAAGUGAUUUACUUGCAAGGACAGCCUGGACAAUCUGGACAACCUGGUAUCAUUGUGUUGGGACCAAACGGGGCUGUCGCCGGAGCCACAACGACCUACCCGAACCAGGCUCCCAUCGUCAUCCAGCAGCCGGGUGGGGCCCAGGCUUUUUUGGUUCAAGGAGCACCUCAGGGGUACCCCCAGGGGUAUCCACAGCAGCAACAGCAGCCAUACCAGACAAAAGGUGACGCCCCUCCUGCCUACAGCACCCAGUGAGAAGAUGUGGCGUCCACAACGCGACCUUAGUUUACACUGCAGCAGAUAAAAAUCGCAAAGUAGAACUGGUAGUACUUAAGUUGUAAGUUGCCAGGGGAGAUGUAGAUACAGGUUGAGCAAAUUGUGUCGACAGAAAACAAAAACGGGACCGUCGUAUCAGUAUAUGGGGCAUUUGGAGGGGGAACCCCUGACCCAAUAUUUCGAAAGCCACACAAUUUCAGCCCUCGAUUUUGCACCCCCUCCCCCCUCCCCUCAUCAGCAAAUCCCCGGUACGCACCUGUAGCUAGCUACCGCUCCACCAACACCAUAUAAGGAAUGAAGCAUAGUGCAAAUGGAUACCCAUAGAAGGGAGUACAAAGAGGGGUGACGAAAAAAACAGCAUUAAUGAGCUAAGACAUGAUCAAAAGAGUGCUUAGACAAGGCCCUGUCGCUUACAUUUUUUAAUGAUUGGUUGACAUAGAGGUAUAUGGUCUCUAACAUCCCUUCCCUUCCCGUGAAAAGCAUGCCCUUAUAAUUGAAACUACACUCCCCCAUUUAUUAAAAUGCUUGAUCCCCCUCCCUCCUCUAAUUGAAAUACUCGAUUCCCUCCCUGAGAGGGAUCCUGCCUGCAUCAAUAUUGUUACAACCAAA